AUGGAACGCAGACCGAGGUGGGUGGCAUUCCCGAGAAAAGUCGCUAGCCAAGCACCAAGGCCGAGGGGAGAGACAGGCGCAGAACUUCGGUUGCGACUGACGGAGACUGGCGAAUGGUGUCAAGCCGACACCAAGUUUUACACAGCAGGAACAGCAGGGAAGCAGAAGACGCAGCGGGAAAAGAAAAAUCGACCAUGUCCCGAAUGGGACUCGGCCGGCGGACUCCUAGUGACCCAGAUGCGCCUCGCCAUGGUUGGCGGUCGCGAGGCUGCUGGGCGCGGCCAACAAAGGUCUGACAGCCACCGCCCACCGAGCUACCCACCCUCAUCCGUCCGCGUCUUGUUCGACUUGUGCAUAAUUAUUACCUCUCCAGUGGUGUGGCUGCCUGACCUUGGUGGUCUUGCGCGCAAUCCAAGCCUAUAUGAAGCCCGUCGCUCCUCGAACCUCAUCCAUGCCGCUGGAAACGUCUCUCUCCGUGUGUCGAGCGCGUUUUUCUCAAUGUCUGCCGUCUCUCGCGGUCCAAAUGGGGGGAGCAGCAGCAGCAGCAGUACAGGAGAUGUUGUGCGGACCUUGGGCGAUGUCAUGAGGACAUCAACAGCCGACUCCCCGAGUGUUAUUGUCCUUGAUGACACAUUCGAGGAGAAGAAGCGAAAAGACGAACCCAGCCCUCGCGAGGACUUGUGGUUGACAUCCUCAGAUGGCCGAUACAACUCGGCCAUUAUUCCGCUUCGUGUUGGCCGAGUCCCAAACCAAGAGAUUUUUCAAGUUCACAGAGACAUUUUGGUGACGACCGAAUACUUCCGCAAAGCGCUCUGUGGCGAUUUCAAAGAGGCCGAGGCACAAUCGAUGGAUUUUCCAGAAGAAGACCCCGCCAUAUUCCACUUUCUCGUCGCCUUUCUUUACCAGAAAAGCUUCAUUCCUAUCAAGCCCGCCGCAUCGGCGUUGGACCAGGAGGAGUCGGCCCGGGGCAAAGCACAAGAAAUCGGAUAUCAAAGCGAAUCAGAAUCGGAAAUUUCAUCGUCGGAGGCCAGUGAUGCCAGCGCUAGAAGUCGACUACGGGCGCAGCGGCGGCAACGGCGGCGAGAGCGGCAAUGGGAGCGUCAGAACCGCAAGCAACCCGGCGCACACCGCCCAGAUUGCAGAUGUCCGCGCUGCACCACCACGACCGGGUUCACGUCGCCAUGCUGGAAUUGUGGCGUCGGCCGCUCAAGGCCGAUGCCCGGCGGACCCAUGCCGCACAUGAUGCCAGGGCCUCCCGUGCCUCUCACGCGGCCAGCAUUCAUCCCUCCGCACCGCCGGCGUCGCAGUCGGCCCCAGAUUCUCACACCGCCUGGUUCAACACCCUCGGUUGACAAUGCCGCGUCGGGUAACGAGGACUUCAUGGAUGGCGAUCGUAUACGGGGUGAAGACAUGCGAACCUGGCUCCUGACGUAUGAGCUCAGCCUGGACGUAUACAUCACCGCCAACAAGUUCCUGAUGGACGACUUCAAAACGGCAAUCAUGCGUCACUGUGUCGACAUGCUCGAGUCCGCCGGGUCCGAUGCAGCCCAGCCGGCCGUUUUGGCGUUGUGCUCGAAGCUGUACUCAGGAGUGCCCGAGUCCGACGGUCUGUUGAAGAUGGUAUUUGCCAGAGUCGGCUUUCUGCAGCCGCUUUUGUGGCAGAGAGCACCGCAGCAGACGUCCGAGUUCUUGAUCGGCCACCCGGAGGUGGCGGCCCUGAUGCUCCGCGAGACGGCGAUGCGCAGAGAAGAGGACAUGGGGAGCAGGACGCUUCCGUCCAUGGAACGAGCAACGCAUACCCAUCCAAUGCCCGUCUGGCCGGUCGGCGCGCCUCUGCCUCCGCAUAUGCGGCAUCCCCCGCCACCGCCACCGCAACCUCACUGGCACCCGGCUCCGUGGUGA